GUCUCAGGUGAAGCUCAUCGUUCUGCAGCUCUUUAAUCUAACUGAACGUCCAACGGUGACAUCAUGGUGUUUCAUCCAGAGUUUGAGGGGGCGGGUCAGAGGGCGGGGCUUCAGGUGUGGCGAGUCGAGAACAUGGAGCUGGUUCCUGUUCCUGUGAGUCUGUACGGAGGGUUCUACAGCGGGGACACGUACCUGGUUCUCUACAGCACCGAGAACCGCCAGGGAACCCUGCAGUACGACCUGCACUACUGGAUAGGGUCAGAGUGCUCUCAGGAUGAGAGUGGGGCGGCGGCCAUAUUUGCGGUGCAGAUGGACGAUUUCCUCCAGGGGGCGCCAAUCCAGUACCGCGAAGUCCAGGGCCACGAGUCCAGAACCUUCUCUGGGUACUUCAGAACCGGACUUAAGUACAUGAAAGGGGGCGUGGCUUCAGGGUUUCAACAUGUGGUGACCAAUGAUGUGGAAGUUGAGAGGCUGCUGCAGGUCAAAGGUCGACGCGUCAUCAGGGCGACGGAGGUUCCUGUCAGCUGGGAGAGUUUCAACCAUGGAGACAGCUUUAUACUGGACCUGGGAGAGGAAAUCAUCCAGUGGUCUGGUUCCCAUAGCAACCACUUCGAAAAGCUGAAGGCCACCAUGGUGUCUCGGGGUAUCCGUGAUGACGAGCGGUGUGGGCGGGGCCAGCUGCUGGUCUGUGAGGAGGGGGAGGAGCCAAAUAGGAUGCUGCAGGUCCUCGGGGAGAAGCCGGAGCUGCCUGACGCUCACGCUGACGACACCAGAGUUGACGCCUCUAACAGGAAGCUGGCUCAGCUCUACCAGGUGUCUAACGCAGAUGGUGACAUUGACGUUACCAUGGUAGCAGAGCACAACCCGUUCUCCCAGGAUGCUUUGCAGUCCAGCGAGUGUUUCAUCCUCGACAACGGGGCCAACGGACACAUCUUCGUCUGGAAAGGUAAGGAUGCUAACACUGAAGAGCGUCGGGCGGUUCUGAAGAGUGCAGAGAAGUUUAUCAGCAAGAUGAACUACCCAACGCACACACAGAUUCAGGUCCUUCCUGAGAACGGGGAGACUCCGCUCUUCCAACAGUUCUUUAAGGACUGGAGGGACCCUGACUACACCGUCGGCAUGGGAACAGCCUAUGUAUCCAAUCAGAUCGCGAGAAUAGAGAAGGUUCCGUUUGACGCAUCGAAGCUCCACCAAUCAGAAGCCAUGGCAGCGCAGCACGGGAUGCUGGACCGAGGAGACGGAGAGAAACAGCUCUGGCGUAUUGAGGGACCGGAGAAGGUUCCGGUGGAUCCGUCUGUCUUCGGUCAGUUCUAUGGAGGAGACAGUUACAUCAUCUUGUAUCGUUACCAUCACAACAACAGAGAGGGUGACAUCAUCUACAUAUGGCAGGGAGCAGAGUCCAGCCAGGAUGAGGUCGGAGUGUCGGCCAUCUUGGCAAUCCAGCUGGAUGAAGAACUGGGAGGGGGGGCAGUACAGGUCCGUGUGGUUCAGGGCAAAGAGCCUGCCCACCUCAUGACUGUGUUUAGGGGCCAACCAAUGGUGGUGUACAAGGGCGGGACUUCUAGAGGGGCUGGCCAAUCAGAGGUGGCAGAUACACGUCUGUUCCAGGUGCGAGCCAAUCCAGUGGGAGACUCCAGAGCUGUGGAGUUGGAUCCGUCCUCCUCCAGACUGAACUCCAGUGAUGUCUUCCUGCUGGUCUCCUCCUCUGGAUCCUGGAUGUGGAGAGGAAGAGGAAGCAGCUCAGCUGAAAUCCACGGAGCUGAGCACCUGGCUGGACUCCUGCAGGUGACCCCCACCCCACUGGAGGAGGGGGAGGAAGAAGGUGCAUUCUGGGAUGCUUUGGGGGGGCAGGAGGACCACUGUGGACCCCCCCGACUGAAGAACAAGAUGGAGGCUUCUCCCCCUCGUCUGUUUGCCUGCUCCAACCAGACGGGAUGCUUUCUGAUGGAGGAAGUUCUAGGUGAGCUGAUGCAGGACGACCUUGUUCCUGAUGAUGUAAUGAUCCUGGAUACCUGGGACCAGGUAUUUGUUUGGAUCGGAAACGAGGCUCGUGAGGAGGAGAAGACGGAGGCGGUGGCGUCAGCUGUCAGGUACCUGGAGAGCGACCCGGCUGACAGAGACCCUCGUACACCGAUUGUCACGGUGAAACAGGGAUUUGAACCGCCGACCUUCACCGGCUGGUUCCUGGGCUGGAAACACGAAACAGAGUGACAUCACUUCCUGUUUAUACUCGCCUGAAUUCUCACUGCUUUGUUCUAAUAAAACCUGUCUGUGUGUGACGUGUCACUUAUCGCCAUAGCAACAGUUUGAUAGAGUAAUAGUUUAAUGGAGCAUCUAUUUAUAAUAAAUAACAAGAACAGAGACAGAAGCCACAGUAGAGUCCAGCAGAGUUCAGUAUAGUCCAGUGGAGUCCAGUAUAGUCCAGUAGAGCUCAGUAGAGUCCAGUGGGGUUCAGUAUAGUCCAGCAGAGCUCAGUAGAGUCCAGUGGGGUUCAGUAUAGUCCAGCAGAGUCCAGUAGAGCUCAGUAGAGUCCAAUGGGGUUCAGUAUAGUCCAAUAGAGCUCAGGGCAGCAGUGUGUUCACAAACUAUUCAUCACAAUUGUAAGUGUUUACUGUUUAACAAUAAAUCUGAUGUUGACAUUAAAAUCAGUAAAUUCUCUUAAACACAAACUAACGUCAAACUGAACUACGGAAGCCCAGAACAGCCAAAUCAUGGAGCUAAACUAACAGCUCCUCCUGCUUCCAGGACCUGGUCUGACUCUGGGGUCACGGCCGAAACGUUAGUGUCGCACUGUUCCUUUAAGACAAAUUCCAAACAUAAAGAAAUUAUGAAUAUUUACACAGUUGAUGUGUCGUCUCUUUAAAAUGUGAAUUUAAAUGAACACCAGAGCCAUAUACAGACAAAGUUACAACACUUGGACCAAGCUGUAUAUAUAGCGUAAUUCUGGUCCUACUAGAGCCAUAUACAGGUGGAGUUGUUCCAGUUAAACCAGUCAGACCAGAGCCAUAUACAGGUGGAGUUGUUCCAGUUACACCAGUCAGACCAGAGCCAUAUACAGGUGGAGUUGUUCCAGUUACACCAGUCAGACCAGAGCCAUAUACAGGUGGAGUUGUUCCAGUUACACCAGUCAGACC